AUGGCUGGUUCUUCUACCACCCGAAACGCCGUCGUCCAAGGUGGUGCUGCCGCUGCCGAGAUGAUGAGAUCAAGUAGUAAAUGCAAAGUAUGUGGUGAUGAGAUUGGAUGCAAUGAAAAUGGAGAGAUGUUCACAGCAGCCUGCCACGACUGCCACUUAUUCCCCGCCGUUAUUUGUCGACCUUGUCACGACCAGACCACUCACGGCGGUUGUCCAAGAGUGGCAGGAGCUGACGAUGAAAGCUGUGAGGAUACUGAUUCUGAUGAUAAUCACUUCGCUAGUUCGGAUACUGAAGACAACAAUAAUAAUAAUAAUAUUAAUGGUAAAAAGCAAUGGAAUGAUCAAGCCUUGUCAGCUGCAGGAAGUGUGAUUUCUGGAGUAGAAAAAUGGAAGAUCAAACAAGAAAAGAGAGGUGAUCUUCUCAACAAUGACGAUGCUAACGAUGAUCAAGAGGUUGAUGAUGACUACCUAUGUAUAUAUACUUGCAGAUUGUCCGAAGCUCGACAACCUCUGUGGAGAAACGUUCCAGUGUCAUCAAGCUUAAUCAGUCCCUACCGUAUAGUCAUCGUUCUCCGCCUCCUCAUUCUCUGCUUGUUCCUCCGAUUUCGAAUCUUGACUCCGGUUUGGGACGCAUUUCCACUGUGGUUGAUUUCAGUGGUAUGCGAGAUCUGGUUCGCCUUCUCUUGGAUUCUCGACCAGUUUCCCAAAUGGAACCCUAUCACUCGCGAGACCUACUUGGACCGCCUCUCGAUUCGUUUCGAGCGCGAAGGCGAGCCCAACCGCCUCGCUCCCGUCGACGUCUUCGUCACAUCGGUCGAUCCUCUCAAGGAGCCUCCCAUCAUUACUGCCAACACGGUUCUUUCCAUCUUGGCUGCCGAUUACCCAGUCGAUAAGCUUUGUGCUUAUGUAUCGGACGAUGGUGCUUCCAUGCUGCUUUUCGAUUCGCUGGCUGAGACGGCUGAGUUUGCUAGGAGAUGGGUUCCCUUUUGUAAGAAGCAUAAUGUCGAGCCCAGAGCUCCUGAGUUUUAUUUCUCUGAGAACAUUGAUUAUUUGAGGGAUAAGGUUCAUCCUAGCUUUGUCAAGGAAAGGAGGGCAAUGAAGAGAGAAUAUGAGGAGUUCAAGGUUAGGAUUAAUGCAUUGGUGGCCAAAGCUAUGAAGAAACCAGAAGGUGGAUGGGUGAUGCAGGAUGGUUCUCCAUGGCCUGGGAACAUCACCCGUGAUCAUCCCGGAAUGAUUCAGUUUUUGCUGGGAAAUGGUGGUGCACUAGAUAUGGAAGGUAAGAAAUUGCCGCGUCUUGUGUAUAUUUCUCGUGAGAAACGUCCUGGUUAUCAACAUCAUCAGAAAGCAGGUGCCAUGAACGCUCUGGUUCGAGUUUCUGCUGUGCUUACAAAUGCACCGUUCAUCUUGAAUCUGGAUUGUGAUCACUACAUUAACAACAGCAAGGCCGUGAGGGAAGCCAUGUGCUUUCUAAUGGAUCCUCAGUUGAGAGAGAAGCUCUGUUAUGUUCAAUUUCCUCAAAGGUUUUACGGUAUUGAUCGUCAUGAUAGAUAUGCCAAUAGAAACACCGUGUUCUUUGAUAUCAACAUGAAAGGUCUUGAUGGGAUCCAAGGACCAGUGUACGUUGGUAAUGGAUGUGUCUUCAAUAGGCAGGCUUUGUACGGCUAUGAUCCACCAGUUUCUGAAAAGUGGCCAGAUAUCACAUGUGAUUGCUGGCCUUCAUGGUGCUGCUGCUGUUGUGGUGGUUCAAGGAAGAAGUCGAAGUCUGAGAAGAAAGAAAGCGAAGACAUGUUUGAUCUUGAAGAGAUUGAAGACAUGUCUGAGAAGAGUGAAAGCGAAGACAUGUCUGAGAAGAGUGAAAGCGGAGACAUGUUUGAUCUUGAAGAGAUUGAAGAAAUGCUUGAGGAUUGUGAAGAGUUGGAGAAAUUAUUGCUCAUGUCACAGAAGAAUUUUGAGAAACGAUUCGGACAGUCACCUGUUUUCAUAGCCUCCACUCUUAUGGAAGAUGGUGGCCUUCCACAUGGGACAAAUAGCGCAACACUUAUUAAGGAGGCCAUCCAUGUCAUAAGUUGUGGCUAUGAGGAGAAAACUGAGUGGGGCAAAGAGAUUGGAUGGAUUUAUGGUUCAGUCACUGAAGAUAUUCUGACAGGCUUCAAAAUGCAUUGUAGAGGAUGGAAAUCAGUGUAUUGCAUGCCAAAGAGAGCAGCUUUCAAGGGAUCAGCUCCUAUAAAUAUAUCAGAUCGGUUGCUCCAAGUUCUUAAAUGGGCUCUAGGUUCAGUCCAAAUAUUUCUUAGUCUUCACUGCCCCUUAUGGUAUGGCUGGGGAGGAAAACUAAAACUGCUUGAAAGACUUGCUUACACCAACACCAUUGUCUACCCUUGGACUUCCAUCCCUUUACUUGCCUACUGCACCAUUCCUGCUGUCUGUCUUCUGACCGGAAAAUUCAUCAUCCCAACGCUUAAUAAUCUUGCCAGCAUAUGGAUCUUGGCUCUUGUCCUCUGCAUCAUCGCCACUGGCAUUCUCGAGCUCCGAUGGAGUGGUGUUGGCAUCGAGGACUGGUGGCGCAAUGAACAAUUCUGGGUCAUUGGUGGUGUCUCUGCACAUCUUUUCGCCGUCUUCCAAGGCCUCCUCAAAGUCUUGGCUGGAGUUAACAACAAUUUUACAAUGACAUCAAAGGCAGCCGACGAUGCUGAGUUUGGGGAACUCUACCUCUUCAAAUGGACUACCCUACUCAUCCCACCAACCACCAUUAUAAUAAUGAAUAUGGUUGGAGUUGUAGCUGGAGUUUCUGAUGCCAUUAACAGCAGCUAUGGUUCAUGGGGUCCUCUGAUCGGCAAGCUACUUUUCACCUUCUGGGUCAUUCUCCAUCUCUACCCCUUCCUUAAAGGUUUGAUGGGAAGACAAAACAGGACUCCCACCAUUGUUGUGCUCUGGUCGGUUCUUAUGGCUUCAAUCUUCUCAAUGAUUUGGGUUCGAAUCAAUCCCUUCUUGCCUAAGCAAACUGGACCAAUACUCAAACAAUGUGGGGUGGAGUGCUAGACCUUCCUCUUCGAGGAAUUUGUGUGUAGUUGUUUUCAAUGGCACCUUCGUGGAGGCUGUCAACCAACUCGGUGGCAGCGAAAGUAUGCAAUUCUAACCCGUUUAGUUUUUAAAAGUCAUAGAGCUUUUGCUUUUAUCAAAUUGCUUCUUUCUGAAUUUCAGGAGCAACUCCUAAGGGUCUUAAAGGUCAUGAAAGUUGAAGGCUUGACUAUCUAUCACGUCAAAGCCACUUGCAUGAAAAUAUUCUAUAUUGUUGGGCUGUAUUUACGCAUAUAUUGUAUGUGUAUUAUCUUUUUGUCUGAUAGGAGAACUUGUGUUCUAGCUAGAUACAGACCUGAAUCAUCAGAAGGUAUAUUACAAUUCUCUCAACUGAGCAAGAUGCAAGUAGAACCAGUUCCCAACCCCCAAAGCGUCCGAGAACAAGUGGAUAAGCAAUGUCUUCCCUCAACUUUGCAUUAGCUUGAAUCUGACUUGAGUGAGCCAAGCUUCAGUUCAGCUGUUGAUGGAAAGAGGUUUUAAGACUUAAGGUCCUUCUCUUGUGUUCCUACUAGUGUCAUAAUAUAAUUAUUAUUAUCAUGGGAUUUGUCACAUAUUUAGUUUAUAUAUAUUUAGAUGAUAAUUUGAAGCUUGUUACAAGUUUUGUCCCUACUAUUUUUUAUUUACUUAGUAACUCGAUCCAUUCUUGCCUUUUGAGGUCA